AUGGACGCAGGAGUCAUACCUGGUCAAGUUGAUUCCAAAGGACGAUAUGUCCCCACAGCAGCCGAGCGAACAGCUUACCAAGCGGCUCGCAUCCCAUGGGCUGACCAAGUGGUCUAUGGAUACUACACUUUAGGGUUCUCAUGUGGUUUAUUGGUGGUUUAUACACUCUUGAACGGUUUAUGGAAGCUACGUGUUAGGUAUUCAUAUGGUACGAAAUCAAAAACCUACGUCAAAAUCACUUCUCUAAUGAGGAUGUUGACCUACCCUCAAAUACCUCAUCGACAAUGGGUAACAUGGAUAUGGACUUUCGGACCCCUCGGACCUAACAUACUGUUAUUUGCUGGACUGGUUUUCGCAACGGGAUUUACAUUCAUCAAUGAAUAUUAUUAUUAUCCUCCUUUCUAUGGAAGUGCACCACUGUAUCUACGAAGCGAAUGGAUAGCCAUGGCUACUUUACCUUUUAUAUACGUUCUCGGUUCUAAACGAAAUAUCAUCUCAGUCCUCACUGGAGUAUCACACGAGAAACUUCAAGUCCUCCAUCAAGGCUCUGCCUUCAAUUUCACCUACAUGAGCCUCGUUCAUACUAUCGCCGCAUGUAUCCGAGCUAUUCGAGAAAGAGGUUUAAAGGGGACUUUGGCAGUCAACGAAGUUUACGUAUCGGGUUUUGUGGCUCUGGCUCCUUUGUUGAUACUCUUUGCAGGUGCACUUCCGCCUUUCAGGAAAUCGUUCUACGAAUCUUUUUAUUGGAUUCACAUUGUCAUGGCUGUUUUCUUCGCUGGUGCGAUGUUUUGGCAUGGAUACCAGACCUUAGAUAGCGACGCAUACAUGAUUGCGGCCAUCGUACUAUUCUUAACCAGCGCUACUACUCGCUUAGUCCUCAUCAUACUUAACAACCCUGUCCUCCAUCGGGCUCAUGUCGAGCUGGUAGACGAUGAAACUAUCAAGAAGAUCGUUCCUACGUUGUACAUCAAUUGGUCUGCGGGUCAAUAUGUCUUUAUCAGAUUCAUGGGAAUGGGAUGGAGGUCAUUGGAUUCACAUCCUUUUACAAUUGCCAAUUCCCCUUUGGCUCUGGCUUCGAUCCGUGAUGGCGACUUGGAGAAAUCAAAUAUUCCGCACCCGGAGUUGACCAAGGUCAACGCCAAGGGAAGUAUGAAAGAAAUGGUAUUUCUUCUCAAACCUCUUUCAGGAUUCACCAAAGACCUAUACCAUAAAGUCAAAUCUGGACAAACACAAUACAAAGUAUUGAUUGAUGGACCCUAUGGUGAUGCCCAUGUAGGCCAAGGUUUGAAAGCUUUUGACAGAGUUUUGAUCCUUACCGGAGGAACUGGAAUUACAUGGGCGUUGAGCGUGUUGCAAGAUCUAGUGUAUAGGGAAGAUGGAAAUGGGAGAGAGAUUACUUUGGUUUGGGCUGUCAAAAAGAUCUCCUCGAUGAAAUGGUUCGAACGGGAAUUACAAUUUAUUCGAACUAAUUACCCCAAUGUCCAUAUCCAACAUUACGUUACCGACGAAUCUCUUACUCAGCUUCCUGCCAUAUCUUCACCAUCGCCAGAUCAAUCUGACCCUGCGGGUUCUUCUGAAGACGAUACACCUCCAACAGAGAAACAAUUGAAUUUGGUUGGAUCGUCAAAGUCGGAUCGAGAUUGGAAUUGGAAUCAAGGAAGACCCAAUCUACCUAAUAUCAUAGAACGAACCGUAGCCGCUACGCAAGGUUCUUUGGCUAUUGCUACCUGCGGUCCACCUCAAUUCCUUACGGACUGUUCUAACGCAGUAACCAAAGCUCAGAUUGGUAUUUUGACAGGUGGAUAUCCAGAUGUAAAUGAAGUUUACUUGAAAUCUGAAUCAUACGGUUGGUAG